GCAAGCGGAACGUUUGCGUGUAGAGUUUUCUGUCGGAAGAUCCACCAUGUGAGCACAGCUUUUGACAACCAGCAUGUUUCUUGAGCGUGAAGGUGACCGCACGAGUGAAUAAACCCGUUGAAAUGGCUUCGUUGCGUGUGGUGAGGAGGAUGUUCUGCGCGGCGGCAGAAACGGCAGCAGCUCCGGUCACAAGCAGCAGAUGGCAAAGGCUGAAAAACAGUAAAGCGGGUGCGUGGUGCCGCGGCCUGGUCUCUGACUACAAAGAGGCCUGUCGGGAGGUGGUUGUGGGCUCGUGGGAGCGACCGCUCAAAGCCUCGGUGUACGCCACUCUGCUGGGGGGGGCCUGGGCCUGUUUCUACACCCAACCCGACCGCUCGUCCUUCGACGCCGCCCUGCUGGAGGUCUCCAACCAGCUGGGCCUGCUGUCGCCGUGGAUCCGCAACGGGACCUCGGACGGCCACGUGCAGAGUCUAGUGAAGCUUCGCAACGAGGGCCGGCUCCGCCACGCCAGCCUGGGUCUCCUCGCUCUGGUUUACCGCGCCGACUACGACGCCGACGCCACGCUGUACGAAGCCCAGUGCUCCAACCUGUCGGUGCCCUGGAGGGAGCUCCCGCAGCGGGUUCUAGACGUGGGCUUCAUCGGCCGCUGGUGGCUGCUGGACUCUAAGAUGAAGAACUACGAUAUGAACGAGGACGAGUUCAAGAACCUGCCGGCGCACAUGCAGGCGACAUCGCCACCCAGCGUUCAGGAGGUGGAAAGGAACGAGAGGCUGCACAAAGAGUCCUGGUUAGCACUGACAAUGGAGGAAGAGGAGAAAGAAGUGGACAGAAAGGAGGAGAGUGUCAGCGAGGAGAGCCAAUCACAAGCACUGAAAGAGGAACGGACUCAAGCCUAAGUGCUUCACACUGCAGGGC